AUGCUGACCUGCGCAAUAUGCAUGCCCACUCAUGCCAUAGAAGGCCAAGAAACCUUCCGUCGACAUCCUUUUGUGGACGGCAUCAUGGAGACCCCACUCCCUCGUGGAUGGAAACCUCUCCACCUCGACCGCUAUGACGGCACGACGGACCCUGAUGAGCACAUUGACCUGUACACAACCCAGUUGGCUUUGCCACAAUUCUUGUCUAAUAUGGACAAUGUGUUUCAUGUAUCUCAAUUGAGGAAGUAUGUUUGUAACCCUAGUCAUGUGGUGGAAUAUGAUGUUUUACAAAUUAAGGAGAAUUUGACUUAUAAAAAGAAACUAGUUGUAAUGGUGGAUCACAAGGUGGAGUUAAGGAGCAAGUCCAUCAAUCUUGUCAAAGUUGUUUGGGAUGUGGCCAUUGGUGAGGCUAUAUGGCAGUUAGGUGAUAGGAUCAAAGAUUAA